CCGGGAGUCCUAAGCCCCAUGCAUCACCAUCAUCAGACCUCCGGUUCCUGAAGAUUUAUUUAUAUCGGCCUCCUUUUGUAUGACCUAAUCACACGAUCUAGCAUACAAACGUUUACAGUGGCUUGUGUGUGCUGCACCCAUACAGAAGCUCUGAUAGCAUGUAAACAGGGAAUACGGAGAACUACAGAACGGUGCUAGGUGCAUCAACAAGCCUUUGUGGAGGCAGUGGGGACGCUGGACGACCAACGACCUUGCUGCUCGGGUAAUACACAGAGGUCGCUCGAUUCCUUGUACCGAGCCCUCGCGUCUCUGUAGUUCGGGGCCCUCAUUUACCCAUGGCAAAGGCAUUCCAUAGUAAUUGCCUUCGCGAAGCUGUCCGUUGCUUUUCAAUGGCCAGGCGUGUAGCGGGAGCGGCCGAUUAUCGGGCUGCUAUCGACCCUGCGGUCGCCUGAGGCACGCGCUGCCCCCGCCGCGCGGCGCGGCGCGGACCCCGGCGGCGCCGGACCGCCCGCGGCAUCAGAAGGGCCCGCGAGUCCGCCGGCGGAGGGCGCACAUACCUGGCGGCUGCCGGUCAGAUCACCGCCAGACUGAAGAACAAUCGGAGACACACACCUUCGCCAUGGUUUCAGGCUCGGGUCGUGCCCUAUGUCUGCUGGUGGCGGUGACGGCACUGGCGGUGCCCGGACGCGCCCUGCCGGAGGGCGCUCCGGGAGACGGCGCCGUCUGCAGCAGCCUGCGGCCGCGGCACGGCUCCCACAAGCCUCAGCCGGGGCCGGCGCCGUUCCGUCUGGCCGCCCGCGCCGCCGAGCCGGCCGGCCAGUGGCGGGUGACGCUCAGCGGCGAGCAGCCCUUCCGAGGGGUGCUGCUGCAGGCGCGCGCCGCCGCCGGCGACGACCCGACGCCGCUCGGACGGUUCACGGCGAGCUCCGAUACACACCUGAUCGACUGUUCCGGCCAGCCACAGAGCGCGCUGACGCACAGCACGCCCACGAGCCGGGACAGUCUGGAGGUGACCUGGAGCGCGGCCAACUCCAGUGGCCCGGUCCGGUUCGUGGCGACUGUGGUGGCCGAUUACCGCACCUGGUGGGAGAAUGUGCACUCCGAGCCGAUCACGGUGGUCACGGCCACCAGGAACACGCUCCGCGCCGCGCCGCUCCAGGAGAGCGUGGCCAGCAGCGCCGAGGAGGUGUACGCCGGCUGCUCCGCGGCCGAGUACGGCUGCUUCGGAGCGCCGGCCGGCUGCGAGGCCACCAAGCAGUGCGACGUCCUCUUCACCUACGUCACUGACGGCGCCGAGUUCAAGAUGCGCCUGAUGGCCGCCGGCCAGGAUGACACCUACGCUGCCGUCGGCUUCUCGACUGACAACAAGAUGAGCUCCGACGGUGUCAUUGUCUGCGCAGCAAACGGCGCCGAUAAUCCACCCAAGGUGUACUAUGCGAGGAACGUGGACACGGGCAGAGACUGCGAAAUAACGUCUGAGGCGAAUCCGGAGAGCGCCAGUGCCGUGCAGACCUGGGAGAAGGAUGGGUACUUCAUGUGCUCAUUUACGCAGGAAGCCGACCUCGUCAUUUCAGAUCAGAUGACCAUCGACUUGAUGGCGGAGCACUUCUUACUGGUGGCCACGGGACCCAUUGACGCGUCGCUGAAACUGCGCUACCACCACAGCAAGCGGGAGGCGUCGGCCGCAGCGGUGAACCUGACCGACGCCUCCUCCCCCGGGGCCGCCGGCGUGCCCGCCCUCAUCAAAGCCCACGGAGCGUUCAUGCUGAUCGCCUGGAUCGGGACCUCUGGCAUCGGCAUCAUCUCUGCGCAGUUCUUCAGGGGCGUCUGGGUGGGCAAGAAAGUGCUGGGCACCGACGUCUGGUUUACGAUUCACCGCGCAUUGAUGGUUAUGACGGCGCUGUGCACCUGGAUUGGAUUUGCCCUAAUCAGCGCCCAGCUAGGAGGCCUGGAUUUUGACCACAGCCACAACAUUGUUGGAUUCGUCGUGUUCCUGCUCACCAUCGUGCAGGUGUUUGGCGCCGCGCUGCGGCCGCACCCGGACCACCGGCUGCGUCCGCUGUUCGCCUGGGGGCACCGGAUCGGCGGCGUGUCGGCCUACCUGCUGGCCGUCACCGCGCUCCUGCUGGCCCAGAAGCUGGCCAAGAUCAUGCUGCCCGACUACUGGUUCUGGGUGGUGGUGGCCGCCGUCAUUGUGCACCUGGUCAUCUCUGUCCUGCUGCUGAUAACGGACAGAUGCAGCAGCCCGGACCUCUCGGGCAGCCCGCAGGUGGCCCCGGACACGGGUGCCCUGGUCAAGACAGAGGCGCCGGGCUCCCCGCUGCGCCGAGCUAUGCUGGGUUUCUACGUGUUCAGCUCCGCCGGGUUCGUGAUCGCCCUAGUGACCAUCCUGAUCGUCUCUACCGCCUGAGAUCGUCUGUAGUCUCUACCGCCUGAGAGGGAUAGUCUACCGCCGGAGAUAGUCCCAUCUACCGCCUGAGACUGUCUUUACCGCCUCAGCUAGUCACCACCGUCGGAAACAGUCUCUACCGCCUGAGCGAGACCUUGGGGGGCGUGGGGGCAGUCCGACAAUCACCCAAGCUGCUUGCGCCGAGAGCGACGCGCGCUGGGAGUGACACGCGCUUAGACGGUUUGUUGUAGACAGCGACUGACGCCGAGAAGGGUGGUCUGGGGCGACGACAAUUGCAGUCAACGUGAAACGUUCAUAGCAUUGUGUGUAGGGGUUGUAACCACCUGGGCCUGGCUCACUUUGACUGGGAGUUACGGUGCUGCAAUGUGAUCUGGGGCUUCUGCGGUACCUGUUUAAUGUUUUGUUUGUUAUUUUGAUGACUGUUAUGAGGCUAUUAUGACUGCCAUGGGUCGAUCUCUCAUCGAUUCGU